UAAAAAUUAAAGAUUUUGAUAUCUAAACCUUCCUUAAACCUCAAAACUCUUCCUACAUUUAUCACUCCCAAGCCCCUUCUUGACUUCCCAUUAGCAAACAACGAAAGUCAAUUCAUUAUAUUCAUUCCUUCAAAUCAAUGGCAAGUACUAGUAUUCAACACCCAUUUUGAUUUUUUUUUUUUCCUUUCCCCCCUCACUCUCUUGACUAAUUAAAACAUCAUAGUUUUUGGGUUUCCUUAAAAUAUAUCAAGAGUUUCACUGGAAAAAAAAUGUUAGUUUCUCACUAAUUACAUAUACAUAUACAUAUAUAGAAAAAUAGGUUGAGAUACAAAAAGGGUAUACAGAAAAUUAAUAAAUUCAAUACCCAUGUUUGCAUAAUUUUCUGGUGUUUGGGGUGGUCUGUAGUGUAGAGCUGACUGUUGUAUGCAUUUCCCUUUUCCGUUUAACCUUUUUUUUGGCACUGCAUCGUUGAGCCGAGGGUCUAUCGGAAACAAACAUCUCUACCUUAUGAGCCGAGGGUCUAUCAUAAUUUUCUGUGUUUGGGGUGAUCUAUAAUUAUAGGCGUGUUUUGAUAAUUAGUUGGUGAUAGUUGAGCUAGGAAAUGCAAACACCUGAUAAUUCGGGUAGGAAACGCGAACACCUGAUAAUUCAGGUAGGAAACGCAGACACCUGAUGCUUCAGGUGGGAAACUCAAAAAAUGUGACACUUCAGGUGUGUUUUUGAGCAUUAUAUCUUUUCUUUUUCACUCCUAAAUGAGCCAAAGGACCUUCCUUAUGAAAUCUUUGUCAAUAUUUAAAGCAAAAUGCCAAUAUUCAGUCAAUUUUUCAUCCAUUGCUUACAAGUCUUUUGAUAUCAAGACUUUAAUUGUAUCACUUCAAUCAAGUGCUAAUGAAAAAAACAUCAUAGGAGGGAAACAAAUUCAUUGCCACAUGCUUAGAUGUGGCCAUUUGAAUUUAUCUCCAAUGCCUACCACUAGCCUUAUUAACAUGUACUCGAAAUGCAACUCGAUAUCCAAUGCGUUAUCGGUAUUCUUUACUUCACCACUUGAUCAUAAUAUGUUUGCUUAUAAUGCUAUAAUAGCAGGGUUAAUUGCCAAUGACUUGCCUAAAAGAGUUUUUGAAUUCUAUUUCCAAAUGAGGGUUGUUGGUGUCAUGCCUGAUAAAUUCACUUUCCCUUGUGUGCUUAAGGCUUGUAGAAAUGAAGUAGAUGUGAAAAAGAUUCACGCGUUAGUUUUUAAACUCGGGCUAGAGGAUGAUUUGUUCAUCGGUAGUGCGUUGUUGCAUAGUUAUUUGAUGUAUGGGUUGGUGGAUUUUGCGUUAGAUGUGUUUGAGGAUUUACCGGAGAGGGAAGAUGUUGUGCUCUGGAAUGCCAUGAUAAAUGGCUAUGCACAAACGGGUGAGUUUGGUAGUGCUUUGAUGGUUUUUAGGUGGAUGAUUGAGGAUGGGGUUGUUCCGAACAAGUUUAGCAUAACGGGCAUACUUUCAGCUCUGGCAAAUUAUGGGGAAUUUUAUAAUGGAAAGGUGAUACAUGGGUUUGUGAUAAAAAUGGGAUUUGAUUUGGGGGUUGCUAUUUCAAAUGCACUAAUAGACAUGUAUGGUAAAUGUAGUUGUGUUGCUGAUGCUUUCGAGGUUUUCGAGAUGAUGGAUGAUAAGGAUAUAUUUUCAUGGAACUCGAUAAUUUGUGUGCAUGAACAAUGUGGUGAUCACGACGGAACACUGAGGGUUUUCAAAAGGAUGUUGUCCACUGGAGUUCGUCCUGAUUUGGUGUCUGUCACCACUACACUUCCUGCUUGUGCUCAUUUAGCUGCAUUGAGGCAUGGUAGGGAGAUGCAUGCAUACAUGAUAGUUAACGGUCUGAGGAAAGAUGCCGCUGACAAAGAAUACAAUGAUACUUACAUUGACAAUGCAAUUUUGGACAUGUAUGCCAAAUGUGGAAGCAUGCGUGAAGCUCAGCUGAUCUUUGAUACGAUGAAUUUCAAAGAUGUAGCGUCGUGGAACAUUAUGAUUAAGGGGUAUGGCAUGCACGGAUUUGGCGUCAAGGUGUUAGAAUUGUUUUCUGAUAUGUGUAGUAAGGCAGAAUUGAGGCCUGAUGAUGUCACAUUUGUUGGGGUUUUGUCAGCUUGCAGCCAUUCAGGUCUUGUGAAACAGGGGAGAGAAUUUCUUGCACAAAUGCAGCCGAAGUAUGGCGUGGUGCCUUCUAUUGAACAUUACACCUCUGUGAUUGACAUGCUAGGUCGUGCUGGGCAGCUUGAAGCUGCUUAUGAGUUGUUAUUAACAAUGCCCAUUAAGGCCAAUUCUGUAGUAUGGAGAGCAUUCUUGGCUGCCUGCCGUCUCCAUGGUAAUUCCGAUCUAGCUGAGGUUGCUGCUAAUCAGGUACUUGAUCUUGAACCAGAGCAUUGUGGAAGUUAUGUCAUAUUAUCAAAUGUUUAUGGACAGACUGGUCGCUAUGAAGAGGUAUUAGAGGUACGAGAUGCAAUGAAGCUACAAAAUGUAAGGAAGACACCUGGUUGCAGUUGGAUUGAACUUCAUAAUGGUGUCCAUGUCUUUAUCACUGCUGAUAAGUCACAUCCCGAAGGCAACCUUAUUUAUGCUGGAUUGAAUUCUUUAACUGCUCGAUUGUGUGAGCAUGGUUAUACACCAGAAUCUGAUGCCUUGGAAAGCAGUCCAUGAAAUUCCAGACUUAUUUUCCAUCGUCCUAGAUGAAGAUUCCUGAAGAACUGAUUGAAAUAUUUAUGCUGAUGCUGUGAAAACAGCCCGAGUUAUCUGUGUGCUAUGAAAAAUGAAAAGUAGCCCAGGAUGGUGUGGACAUAGUCGGACAUAAUCAAUUUAUCAAUCACUCCAAACAGACGUCCUCCUGGUUUGCUAUCAUUAUUCAACAUUUGCUGUUGUGAAGGCUUCCGACCUCCUUAUUCUGUUCUGCCCUCUCUUUGAUAAAGUAGUCUUUAUGACAGUCUCCAUAAUCUAAUAUCGGGGAAAGAAGAACCCGAGGCAGCAUUAUCCCCUGUGAUGGAUGCUGUAAUAAGAAUAUUCAAACGUGUCAGUGGACUGUCUGAAGGUGAAGGUGAUGGCGACUUACCUGUGGGCUGGGGCUGCAUUCUGCUCCAUCAGACUGCUUGUAGCAUCAACACAAGCUGUGAACUUAAUAGGAAAGCAAGGGUCUUUAAUCAAGCCUAUCCAGCAAAACACUGGUGCCUCCAUUCGAGUUCUUUCCAAUGAUGAGAUGUCAAUCUAUGCGACUCCGGAUGAGAAAGUUGUGGAAAUUCAAGUACAAUGCACCUGCCGUUCAGGAGCGUGAAUCUGAGCCUUGGUCCGAGAGGACGAUGCUUAGCACCUCACGAGCAGAACUUGGUGAUUAUCCUCCGUGACAAGGACUUGGUGAUUAUCCUCCGCGACAAGGACUUGGUGAUUAUCCUCGUCGACAAGGACUUAGUGAUUAUCCACCUCCAACAAAAGAGGGAUUCUCAAUUUUCUGAACGCGAAAGCCAGCUGGACUCACACUAUCAUCCUGCUGGACUUUCACUGUAUGGGAAAGACCUGACUUUCAUUGUAUGGACAAGAUCCUGCACUUUCUGGAACUCGCACUUCAGGUGGUGGUCGUGUUGGGAAUUCUGUUAUUACUCAGAUUUCCCAAACCGUUCAAAUGAAAAUACCACUAGCUUUGGCAAAAGAUAUCAUUGGCAUUGGGGGAGCUAAUAUUGCUUAUAUACGACGUACUAGUGGUGCCAUUCUUACAGUUCAAGAAAGCAGGGGCUUACAUCACGGUGGAAAUAAAAGGGUCGUCAUCACAAGUUCAGACAGCCCAGCAACUUAUGCAGGAAUUUAUGGGGUGGCCACAAAGAAUCACUUCCGAGCAGUUAUGGCCAGUUAGAUACAGGCUCGAGGCAGUCUUCUUACUCUAACCUAGGCAGUGGGUCCUACCCCUCAUCUUCAUACGGCGGACAGCAAUAUGGCAGUGGCUAUGGAUCAUCAUUCGGUGCAGGAGGAGCGUACAAUAGUUACAGGUCAUGAACAGAAUAGGCCGAGUCUUAGCACUCAAUACUUCCCAUCCUGUUUGGUGCCAGAGCAAACACUAAAGCAACUGCAUGUGGUUGACGAUGCUUUGUUAAUCUGAUGUCGAUUACAGCAAUGUAUUGAUAGCUUUUCAGUAGCUCACCAUAGCUUGUAGUCUUACAUGUGUGUCGAUAUGAUACCAUUGAAUUUUGUAAGUGUAAUAUGGUCAAGUGCUGUAUGGUUCUCUGAGUAUUUUUUUUUUUUUUUAAAAAAAAUUGUUUUUAUUACAUAGGGGGUAGGGAAAGGGGAAAUGGGGAGGGGAUUACAAUGUGGGUAGCCACUGAGCUACUAGAUCCCUACUCUUUCUCAAAGUAUUAUCUUUAGUUUUUUUUUUUUUUUUAACCUUUGUUUUGUAAAAUGAUAUUGCAACUUGCCACUUCACAAAAAAUGAUCAGUUGCAAUUGCCUCGCC